CCUUUUAAUGACCUUCAUGUAGUCUACAGACUUUAAACCCCAUUAACCAACCAACCAAUCAGGUUUAUGAAGCUGGGUGCUGGGGCUUCGAAUAUGUUGUGGCGAACGUGAGCGUGUUAUACCUUCAGUCAGCGUCUGGACAGUGAAUAGAGUGUGAUGUCAGCCAUAGUGACCUGGUUCCUCGUGGUAGUCCUGGUGACUGCCGCCGCCUGUCAGGAUAGCGAUGGUGCUGGAGGUACAAUUAAUGAGACUGAAUAUGUAGCCGUUAACUUGAUCUACUACAACGUAGUGGAUGACGUGCCCAGCAGUGUCUGGCAAACUGAUGCCGCCCAAGUUAAGUUCUCUGUCGCCUCUGGUCUCCUGCUGAAGAACUUCUUGCUGUCCAUGUUGCCUACUAAGUACCACACUUUUGCUAUGAACACCACGUUUGCUAUGUACCUUCUUCCUCAAGAAGUUCCGGACUUCUUACAGCAAGAGUACGCCCUUGUCAAUGACACCGCCCAACAGCUGAUAGCCCUUCUUAAAGAAGCUUGGGCACGGUUGACAGUGAACUGGUUGACUGUGUUUGAGAGGGAAGUUCCAGCCUUGCACACUAAAAUAAAUCUUUUAGUGACAGAAAAUUCUUGGAAGAACUUGCAGGAAGUGGCGCAGGCAGUUCUGAACUUGGCAAAAGUCCUUGAUCCUGUACCUACCUUCAAAGAUUUAGUCAACUUUAUUGACAUAAAGCUGAACGUAAAGGCUAAAUUUAGCGAGUGUUACUUAAAAUUUAACAAAUUUACUAGAGGCAUUGAUGAUUAUAUAGCUAUGACUCAACUAAGUUAUGCAAAAAGCGGUAAUAAAAUAAUGGAAGGUGUUCAAGACUUAGUGGGGGCCAUAUUGAACCGCUAUGGACUGACAAGGUCGUCACGCGGCAAGACUGAAAUAAUAAAAGCCUUUGACUACUUGCACGCUAGUCUUGUAGACUUGAGCCUUAACAUCUUCGAUACAAGAAAGUCGCCUUUCUUAACAGAUUUCCACAAAAUAACGCAAGACUAUGCUGACUUCAAAGCUACCUUGAAAGCUGAUGCCUUAGAAGUAUUGCAGAAUGUUAACAAUUUCUUCCAGUCUCUAUGUACAGCUAUUAAAUGUAGCUUCAACCUCUUCAUAAACCCAGAGUUUAUUAAGCAAGUAGCAGAGCCUCAGACUAUGUUCUCUAAAACUGAACAUUGCAGCUUAAUGCGUAACAAUAUGAAGUUCUCUACUAGAAUAAUGGAGAUGCUGAAGGGGCAUUCUAGUAUACUGGAUAACUACAAAAACUUUCUAGAAUAUGGUGUUUCUUUCUUGUCCUUUUUACUGGAAAUAUUGAAAGGAUCUCCAGAGAGUUUUGACCCUCUGGAGGAGACAGACACGCAGCACUUGCUACCUUCAGAGGAAGAUGUAGCGUCAAACUAUAUAGAUUACUCUCCAGACUACAAUUCUGUUGCUAGAUCUCUAAAGAAAUCUCGCUUACCGACAAUGAGUAUAAUACUAGGUAGAAAUGGAUCGGAAAUUUCGAACAAAAUUAGCAGCCUGGGAACUAACUCUUCAAAAAAUAAAAAUUACUUCAGCCUGGUAUCUUCCAGGAUGCAGACUAAAGAGACUACACAAUCGUCAGCCUAUGAGAAGAUUGACAUGAUCUCUGGCAACCUCUGGAGCAGAGGUAGACGCGAGUUGUACCAUUACGCUCCAGUGGCAACACAACCUCCAGACAUGUCUGAUCUAGUCACCGAUACCUUGGAUCCUACCGAUGAGGAGGAGCCUUUGACACCUCGGACAACUAGCGGAACUGCAAGUAAGGAAGACUUAGAGAGUCUGCCCACCACAGCCUCUCCUCCCACAACACUGUCUGCUUCACACAGGCAAGACUCUUGUACACACUCGGACUGCAAGUUUAAUAAAAAGUUUAAAUUUUCUUACUUAAAACUUUAAAUUAAACUUAUUUUUUUUUUUAUACUUUUGUAAAGUUUUCGGUUUGGUGAACGGUGGCUGAAAUUUAAGUUAUAAUCUUGUGAAAGAUUUUGCUUGACAGAAGAAACUAAAUGUAGUUCUUUAGUUUUAAACUAGUUUAAACUUUGACGUGCUAUUUAUCGAUCAUAGUUUUAUGCACGCAGUCUCUGAAGACGAGGAACAAACAUCAAACUCACAAUUUACUUUUUACUCUCUAACCCUGUUAGAGAGUAGUCUUAGUUGUAAGGUUGUUAGAAACUAUAAUCCAGACUUCUUUGAAGACUUGAGGGUUACCUAGAUUAUGGAGACUACUUGCUUAUCCAAAACUUUCAGGUAACUUAUUUUCAAUAAAACAAAACUGCUUCCCAUUCUCCA